AUGGACCCGCCCUCUCUCCCACCCUCGCCCUCCAAGCUGGCUAUGUCGCCUAGCAUGCCACAUUUCCCAACAUCCCCAGAGCGUCUGGCCGGCAAGAAGACCUCAUAUGGCGACUCUGUUGUGCUCUCGCCUACAGCCACGCGCUCCGGUUCACGAUCUGGCUCCCCGCUACGAGAAGGCUCCCCUCUGCGAUCGCACCGACGAAACGACUCCGAUGUAUCAGUCCACGGACUUGCCGUCAUGUUCGAGACUCUCGAGGUUAAGGACCCCAGAGAAGCUCGCGACCGGUACCAGGCACUGAUUGCCAAGGACCGGGCGAAGUUUGAAAAGAUCGAGAAGGAGUACGCCAUGUCUUCGAGUCGGAAGGAGGUGCGCAUUGAAGAACUGAAGAACGAGCUCAAGGCUGCCAAAGAAGAGCUGGAUUUGGCUGUUUCGCGGGAUGCAUACGAAAAAGAGCGCAAAGCUCACAAGGCCAACGUUGCCAAGUGGGAGAAGGUCUUCAAGGAGCGUGAAGAUUCAUGGAGGGUGUCCAAUGCAAAGCUUAGUGAACUCGACUACAACAACAAGCACCUCGAGGCUAAGAACCGCGAAUAUAAGAAACGAUACAUGGAGAAGGACAAGGAGCUUUUGAGGAAGUCAGGUCAGGUGCCAACACUCCAGGCUAAGAUCCAGGGGCUGGAGCGUAACAUCAAGCGAGCUGAAUCUGAUGUCAAGUUCAAGACCGAGGAAGCAGCGAAGUAUCAGGGCCAGCUCUACAGUCUGGAAGUCGAGCUGGAAGGCGUUACAGCACGGUUGGGAGAGGAGAUCUUGACACUCAAGGAUCGUCUGAAGCUGGUCGAGGGCGAGCGCGAUGCACUCAAGACAAGCCUGAAAGAGGAGGAAGUGUUGCGCAUCGCAGCUGAAGGGCAGAUCGCGCUGCCCACAGCCACCAUCGAUGAAGAGGAUGAAUUCGCUUCACCAGCACGCUCUCCCCGCAAGCCUCGCAACGCACAACACAACGACGAGGACAAAGAAAACCAGUCUCCGAGGAAGUUCGCAGUCGACCUGCGCUUCCUGCAGCAGGAGCUGGCCGCAGAGAGACGCUUCCGUGCGCGUGCUGAGGAUCAGAUUGAGUUUAUGAAGAUGGAGUGUCAGUUCCAAUGCUGCUCCUGCCGCAUCGCCGAGAACAAGAGCAAGACCUACAUACACGACAACAGCUACGCAGCGCAGAUGGAGGUUAUCAGGGCUUCUGUGCCUGCUCUGACACCCCCAGCCAGCGACAACGGUGAUGACGCGAUGGACGUUGUCAAAGAUGAGCCCACCGACAAUGAGAGGCCAUUCACACCGCCGCCAGAGCAAGCUUCCGAGACAACGGUCGUCGUCCGUCAGCAAGAUGAGGAGCUGGAAGCGGUCAUUGCCUUCUCACCCACAACCGGCACAUUCAAGUCUGUUCCGUCCCCGGUAAAGGCACCGCCCAAACGAUCUCUCCUCCGACAGUCCAGCGGAGGAUCAGCCCACUCAAGCACGCGCUACUCGGGUCCUCAAAGCGAGAUCGCGCCUUUGGAGGCAGCUUUUGAGUACGAGCAGGAGCUGGUGGCACCUAAAGGUAUCAACGUCGAGACGGACGAGGGUAAGACUGCGAACAUUUCCAUUCAUGAGGAUGUCAUCGACGAUAGCGAUGAAGAGAUGGAGCCUUCGGUACCAACUACAGCGGGACCUGGCACUCCCUACGUCACGAAGACCACAACGACCACAAUCCCAAUUGCAUUUUCGCCAGCAACACCGGCACCGCGACCGGGCAAACAGCUGAUGAGCCCCUUCACAGUAGCUCAUCGUGCCCCGGUCCUCGGCGAGCUGGCACUGAACAACGUGCCCUUUGACCGGGAGGCUGCACUUCAGGCCAUCCGCGAGCGACGGGGUAGGGCCCGAAGCAUGGCUGAAGGCCACGGGACGCCGAUGAAGCAGAUGCUGGAUGGAGUGAAGGAGAGGCGCGAUAUCAGCGCACCAGUGUCAAGGAUUGGGCGGAGGUAG